AUGCCGGCCACCAACCAGGGCUGGCCCGAAGACUUUGGCUUCCGGCUAGGCGGCUCGGGCCCCUGCUUCGUCCUGGAGGUGACAGAAGGGAGCAGUGCUCACGCCGGGGGUCUGCGGCCCGGGGACCAGAUCCUGGAGGUGGAGGGGCUGGCCGUGGGCGGCCUGAGUCGCGAGCACCUCGUGCGCCUGGCGCGGCGCUGCCCGCGCGUGCCGCCCAGCCUCGGUGUGCUCCCGGGCCCCGACGGGGGUCCAGCCUCGGGAUCCGGACGCGCGUCCCCGACCGCAGCCCUGCGGCCGCUGCGCCCCAGCAGAGGCCUCUCCCUGGGCCGCGAGCUGCUGCGUCUGACGGGCCGCAAGCGCCCCGAGGCCGUGUACCGGGAGCGCAGGCGCAAGGCCCAGGAGUUCAGCCGCAAGGUGGAUGAGAUCCUGGGGGACCAGCCAACCGCCAAGGAACGGGUGUUCGCUGCCCUGAAGCAGUUUGCGGCACAGCAGCGAGUUGAUGACCUGGUGUGGGCGCUCACCCUGGUGCUGCCCAGAGAGGCUCGUGCACCACUCAUGGACAACCUCAGGAUCUUCAUCCCCAAGAAGCACCGGGCGCGCUUCGACGAGGUGGUGUCGCAGGGUCUGCUGGGCAAGCUGUGCCGCGCCCGGCGGGCGCAGGGAGCGCAGCGGCUGCGCCGGAGCCGCAGCGAGGAGCGGCCCGAGCGCCUCCUAGUGUCCACUCGCGCCAGCGCCGCCCCGCGCCGCCCGGACGAGCCGCCCCCGCGCAAGGCUUCCUCGCUGCUGGGCGGUCGCGCGGGCCCGGGGGGCACGCGCAGGACAGUCCGAGUCUACAAGGGCAACAAGAGCUUCGGCUUCACGCUGCGCGGCCAUGGGCCUGUCUGGAUCGAGUCUGUCCUGCCUGGGAGCCCGGCUGACAAUGCUUCCCUCAAGUCAGGCGACCGGAUCCUCUUCCUCAAUGGACUGGACAUGAGGAACUGCUCCCAUGACAAGGUGGUGUCCAUGCUUCAAGGCAGUGGCGCGGUGCCCACGCUGGUGGUGGAGGAGGGGCUUGUCCCGUUUGCCAGCGACUCCGAUUCUUUGGAUUCCCCCAACCCGUCCUCGGCGCUCACCUCCCUGCAGUGGGUGGCAGAGAUCCUACCCUCCAGCAUCCGGGUUCAGGGGAGGACUUUCAGCCAGCAGCUGGAGCACCUGCUCACGCCUCCCGAGCGCUAUGGGGUCUGCCGGGCACUUGAGAGCUUCUUCCAGCACAGGAACAUUGACACCCUCAUCGUGGACGUCUACCCUGUGCUGGACACACCUGCCAAGCAAGUCCUUUGGCAGUUCAUCCACCAGCUGCUGACUUACGAGGAGCAGGAGCUGUGCCGGGAGAAAAUCGCGUGUUUCCUGGGCUACACGGCCAUGACAGCAGAGCCAGAGCCCGAGUUGGACCUGGAGCCUGAGCCCGAGCCCGAGCCCGAGCCGGUGCUGGAACCCCAGCGACGCAGCUCCCUGAGGGCCUCCUCCAUGUGCCGCCGCAGCCUCCGGUCCCAGGGCCUAGAGGCCAGCCUCAGUUGCGGUCCCGGUGACUGUCCCGAGAUGCCUCUUCCUCUAAUCCCAGGCGAGCGCCAAGCAGGCGACGGCACGUCCCUCCCUGAGACCCCCAAUCCGAAGAUGAUGUCAGCCGUCUAUGCGGAGCUUGAGUCCCGACUGAGCAGCAGUUUCAAAGGGAAGGUGGGGACCACGUCCAGAUCCCGUGCCUCCCCGCCAGUGCCCAGCCCGGCAGGUGCAGCAGGGCCCAGGACCCUGUCCAGCGUCUCGUGGCCCAGCGAGCGGCUCCUGCCCUCCCCCUGCUACUACCCACUGUGCUCAGGGGGCCUGGCCUCCCCCAGCAGCUCUGAGUCUCACCCCUACGCCAGCCUGGACAGCAGCAGGGCGCCCUCCCCACAGCCAGACCCCGGGCCCAUCCGCUCCGACAGCCCCCCAAGUCCGGACCCUGCCCGCCCACCCAGCCGCAGGAAGCUCUUCACCUUCUCCCGCCCCAUGCGAAGCCGGGAUACUGACCGCUUCCUGGAUGUGCUCAGUGAGCAGCUGGGCCCCCGGGUCACCGUCGUGGAUGAUUUCCUGAGCCCUGAGAAUGACUAUGAGGAGAUGAGCUUCCACGAUGACCAGGGCAGCUUUGUGACCAACGAACGGAGCAGCGCUAGCGAGUGCAUCAGCAGCAGUGAGGAAGGCAGCUCCCUGACCUACUCCUCCGUCUCCGACCACAUCCCCCCACCCCCGCUCAGCCCCCCGCCUCCGCCGCCUCUGCCCUUCCAUGACCCUAAGCCCAGCUCCCGCACCCCCGAUGGCCCUCGGGGCCCUGCUCAGACACUGGUCAAGCCCCUCCCCCAACUCAGCCACCCAGUCCCUCCACCGCCCCCGCCACCCCUCCCCCCACCGGUGCCCUGUGCACCCCCCAUGCUGUCCCGGGGCCUGGGCCACCGCCGAAGUGAGACCAGCCACAUGAGCGUCAAGCGCCUACGAUGGGAGCAGGUGGAGAACUCAGAAGGCACCAUCUGGGGUCAGCUCGGGGAAGAUUCUGAUUAUGAUAAGCUGAGUGAUAUGGUAAAAUACCUCGAUCUGGAGCUCCACUUCGGCACCCAGAAACCUGCUAAGCCGUUGCCCGGGCCCGAACCCUUCAGGAAGAAAGAAGUGGUGGAGAUCCUGUCUCACAAGAAGGCCUACAACACCUCCAUCCUGCUGGCGCACCUGAAGCUGAGCCCCGCGGAGCUGCGGCAGGUGCUCAUGAGCAUGGAGCCCCGGCGCCUGGAGCCCGCGCACCUGGCGCAGCUGCUGCUCUUCGCGCCCGACGCCGACGAGGAGCAGCGCUACCAGGCCUUCCGCGAGGCGCCCGGCCGCCUCAGCGAGCCCGAUCAGUUCGUCCUGCAGAUGCUGUCGGUUCCGGAAUACAAAACCCGCUUGCGCAGUCUCCACUUCCAGGCCACCCUACAGGAGAAGACAGAAGAGAUCCGGGGCAGCCUGGAGUGCUUGCGCCAAGCCUCCCUUGAGCUCAAGAACAGCCGGAAGCUCGCCAAGAUCCUGGAGUUUGUGUUGGCCAUGGGCAACUAUCUCAACGAUGGACAGCCCAAAACUAACAAGACCACAGGCUUCAAGAUCAACUUCCUGACGGAGCUGAACUCCACGAAGACUGUGGAUGGGAAAUCUACCUUCCUGCACAUUCUUGCCAAAUCGCUGAGCCAGCACUUCCCAGAACUCCUCGGCUUUGCUCAGGACCUGCCCACUGUGCCCCUGGCUGCCAAAGUGAAUCAACGGGCCCUGACCAGUGACCUAGCUGACCUCCAUGGCACCAUCAGUGAGAUACAGGCUGCUUGCCAGAGCACGCCCCCCUCCGGUGAGGACAAGUUUGCUGUGGUCAUGACAUCCUUCCUAGAGACGGCCCAGCCGGUGCUGCGGGCCCUGGACGCACUGCAGCGGGAGGCCACCGAGGAGCUGGGCAGGGCGCUGGCCUUCUUCGGCGAGGAUUCCAAAGCCACCACCUCUGAGGCCUUCUUCGGCAUCUUUGCAGAGUUCAUGAGCAAGUUUGAGCGAGCACUCAGUGACUUGGAAGCUGGGGACGGCCCACGCAGCUCAGGGAUGGUUUCGCCCCUGGCCUGGUGACCUCCGGAGCUCAUCUUGCCCAAGGCCCAGCCCAGUGGCCUGGAGCAGCCCCGAGUGGCCUGGGUGCGGGAGGUGGGGCCCGGCCUCCCCGCAUCUCCAGCUACCUCAGCUGUCGGGCUCUGGGUACCGGGAAGGUUCAGGGUCAUCCAGGCUUCCCUCUGUGGGCCUCGGCCCCCGCUCCAAACAAGCACUGGGACAUGGGGCAGAGCGGAGGCGCCAACUCCCCGAGGAGCGUGAAACAUGGCUGCCCGCAGGCGUGCUCAUAAUGGGGGGCCUGGCUUUGCCCCUCCUGGCUCCGAGGGGCCUUCAAAGCAGCCGCUGGCUGUACGCACCCUCAGGACUCUGGUCUGGUCCCGGGGAAGGGUUUGUGGGUGGGGGUGGGGGCCGUGACCAGCAAGUGGAUUGUGAGGUGGCCCCCGGCCUGGGGCAGUGUCUGCCAUCUGCCCCUCAGAGCUCGGCCAGAGCACACUCUGCCCCAAGUGAGGACAUUGGAACCUUCUUUCCAAGUCUGCUCCCAGUGGGCUGAAGGGACACCCUUGCAAAACACACACCCUGGACCCCAGAGAAGGUGACAGAUGCCCUUGAACAUGCCAUGCCAAUGGGCACGAUAGGCCUGUGGUCCCUCACCCGGCCCCGGCCUCCUGGGACUGCUUGGAAGAAGGAAGGGAGGAAAGACACCCCCAGGUGCAGGGACCUGGGAGCCUGGGUCUCGGAAGCUGGAAAAACUGCAGUUGACUGCAGCCCAGCAGGGCAGGCAGGAGAGAUGCUGGGCAGGGAUAAGGGGGAGAACUGGGUUAGGAAGGCACGCCUCGUCAGAUGGUAGAACUGAGGGUUUUUAUCCUGCAGACAAAUUUAAGUCCAGUUUGGAAGUGGCGAGUUUGAAGUGGGGCGUCUGAGAAGUGGGGCGUGGCCAAGGUGGGCGCGGGGAGGACAGAGAGAUGUUUCGGUUCUGGGUGAGCAGGAUUUGGUGGCCGAUUGCCUGGCUGGGUGGCGGUGACGUUCCCUGGAAGGGGUCACGUGGGCAGAGCAGGUGUAGCGGUGGACGACACAGUGGGACACGCUGGGGCCCCCGGAGGCUGUUUCCCGUGUGUGCCUGGAGGCCCUCGUGAGGAUGGGAGGAGAGGAGACAGUUACCUGGAUCCUAGGGACAGGGAUGCCAUGGGUGGGGAAGACGUGUUAACUUCUUUCAUCCUUUCCUUGCUCCAGUGGGCAGUUUCCGGCAUCAGGCAGAUUCCUCUUUCCUUAACUUCCUUCCAGAGAAGUCCGAAACGCACUUUAAACCUGUCUCUCGGAUUCUUUUUCUCUCCCUACAACCAAAUGGCUAAUGUUGCUCUCGGAUGGGAUUUGGGACCCGUUCCGUUCCUCCCAGUCUCCCACAGACUGCUCUUUGAAGCCACGUAUGUUCUGUGCUUGUUCUCCACGCACAGCCACCGUGUAAAAAUGGCUAAAUCGAAGCGUGCAAUUCAGCGGGGGUAGGGAGAGAGGUUCGGAUGUGGCUAGUGGUGCACAUUGGUCCCCAGCAGCUCAAGCUAGAUAAUUCCAGGAAUUACCGAGGCCCAUGUCUCUGAGAAACAUGUCAGACAGUUAAAAUCCCUGUGUGAGAUCCACAGACACGAUAGACUCCACCAGGCUGUAAGCAGACGUGAUCCCCAAAGUAAAUCCAGCCCCGUGCCAGGGGGCACGGGUUGGCAAGCCAAGCACUAGCUCUGUUUUCUCUCUAAAUGCCUUGUAUCGGGAACCUGCUUUGCCACACAAUGCCGUAUAACAAACAGUCCCAAAUCUCAGUGGCUUAAAACAGCAGCCAUCUACUGCUCAUGACUCUGCGGGUCACCUGGGCAGUUCUGACCUGAGCUGGGCUCAGUGGACUCACUCAUGUGUGGACAGUCAUCUGUGAGUCAGCUAGACAGCUUUACUAGCCAUGCAGGGCUCUCUCCUGUGUCUGGGGCUGUGGCUGGGACAGCUGGGACGGCUUCGCAUGGCCUCUCAUCCCCCAGCUAAAUAGCCAGGACCGUUCACGUGGUGGAGGCAGGGGUCCAAGGGAACCAGAGUCACAGAAGGCCCCUUGAGGCCUAAGCUCAGAACUGCCACCCCACCACCCCACAGUCUAUGUCAAGUGACAAAGGCCAGCCCACAUUCUAGGGAGGGAAAAUAGGCUCCACUCUUGACGAGAGAUGAUGCUAAGUCACAUUGCGGAGGGUGUGGAUUCAGGACAGGUGGAGAAGCAGGGCCAUUUUCUGAAUCAGUCUACCACCUGGCCGCUUGGACUGACAUCUUGGUACAGAUCCCAGCCUCCUUAAAUCCUCAGCGGCCUCGGUCCUGCCUGGACCCAGCACAGCUCUGGGUAGCCACCUCCUUAUGUCCUCCAGGUGGCAUGCGUCCUUCUCUCUCUCACCCAGUCACCUGACUCCACUCGGUCCAGGGGGCAGCAAUGGUCUGUGCCUGCCUAGCAACCAGUCUCCCUUUUGCUGGGAACAGCACCCUGCUUUUCCUUUGGGAAAUUAUCUCUCCCCUACUCACAGGCCCUGAGCAGUGCUGACUGAACAAGGAUGACCCCGUGACUCUGGCUGGCUGACUUAGAGUCCGGUUAAGACUCAUGUUAGCACUGUUUGGAAAGGGAGCUCCCUCUUCUCUGGGUGAAUUGUUGGAUACAUAGAGGGUAGAAGCCCGGAGGGGGCUCUCAGGACCACCACAUGGAGAACACCUGCCUGGGUAUGGAGCUAAUACAGGGAAGAAGAGGAGAGCAGACUACUGAAUACAUCUCUUUUGUCCCUGGAUCCAACCAUGCCUGAAGCAGACUUCUGGACUUGUCAGUUUCUGAGCCAACAAAUUCUCCCCCUCCAUUUGUAAACUUUUAAAAUUUAUUUUAAGUUUUUGGCUUAGGCUGGUUUGAAUGCGUUUCUGUCACUUGCAACACUAAGAGGGUUGAAUAAUACACCCAUCCACAGAUGGUUAUAGAUGUUCAGUCUUUUACCAUUCUCAGCAAGAGCUCUUCAUUCAUAAAUGCAUCCGCCAAUACUUUUUGACUGCCUACUAUGUGCCAGACACCAUGCUGAGUGCAAACAUCUUUAUGGGUCAGCCUCUCCGAGUUUGGUUUUCUGGGGUUAUACUUCAUGGUGAUUCUACACCCGAGUCAGUACAAAGCCCUAUAUGUGAGCCAACAUGUGCGCCAUACCCACCCCCCACCCCCCCCACCCCCCGCCAACUCCUUACCAAGUGUCAAGAUGUGAAUGCAAGCAUUUAUACCCCAGGAAUUUAUUUAUUUCUCAAUAAUACUAACAAAAUAACAUAGCCUAAUUACAUGCCACCUUUCCUAAUAAAUGUUUAUAGGUAGUGUGCCCAACGUUUUACACAUUUCAGCUCAUUUUAAGUUCACAAUGACCCUCCUAGGUGGGUUUUGUGAUCUCCUUUUUACAAAUAAAAAGUGAAACUCAGGUUUGUGACUUGCUGGAUCAAACACUGAGCUCUGUCUACGUGAAAGGCCAUCCUCUGCGUCUUUGUCUUGCUCAACACAAUUUUUUCAAAUGUUAUUUAUUGGGGCGCAUGGGUGGCUCAGUCAGUUAGGCAUCCGACUUCAGCUCAGGUCAU